AAAGGAAGUGCACAGCAACCAAACGCGUUACGUGUGACUGUAGUACCGCAGAACACCUACCGUAGUACGUUGUGGUUUCGCGUAUCAACGCACCCGACGUUGGCGCAGUUAAGCGUGCUUCGGACACGUCGUCGCGGAACCCGAUUCACCGUAUUUCGUAGCGUUUAUCGAAUUUGCCCCGUCCGUGGUGCAAGCGCCCGAGAAGUCGCCCUAGUUGCCUCGUUCUCUCACCAUGCCCAGGCGUAAGCGGGGUUCGGGGAGUGCUUCUUGGAGGAAACCGAGUGCCCUGGCGGUCUUGACGAAAAGUUACUUCUCCGGCUCCAGCAUAAAACUACCGGACCCGAUGCACGAGCGGCGAGGGCAUACUGUGCGACGUGUUCCGAAACCUCUCCGUGUGGAACGAAUACUUCUGGCAGGUGGGCCACGAGCUGAGGGAGGUGUCGCCGGGCGAACUCGGCCUCGUCGAAAUGUACGGCGCGUACGUUUCCCUGGAGAUGCCCGAACGGAAGCGGGAAGCGGCCACCCUGCUGUACCACCUGCUGACGCUGCACCGCUGCGUCGUUUCGGUCGAAGUGAACGGCUUCAUAUUCAGGGACCAUCACAGGCUCAUAUGCGACGGCUUGCGUAAGAGCCCGAGCGUCAGGAAGCUCAAGCUGUCCCUGCUAACAGUGGCCGAGCACGCGGCGCACUGCUUCGCCUCGGCGCUGCCCUUCAUGGACCAUCUGCGGGAGCUCGUGAUAAGCCAGGUUUGUUUCGAUGACGUCUUCGUAGAGGGCGUCUGCGAGUUCCUGGCGAACACCCGGUCGCUAACGACUUUCGCCAUGAGCCACACGCACGUCGAGAGCCAGUACACGCGCGCCAUCCUUCGGGGACUUGAGCGAAACUCGACCAUUACGUCGCUGGCGCUCAACACGCUCAUAAUGCAUCCGGACACGUCCCCUAGCGGCGCAGUCUUUAUCGAGUACCUGCGCGGGAACCGGGCCCUCCGGACCCUCACCAUCUUCUCGCGUUACCUGAAUGAGCACGCCAAGCUUCGUCAAAUCAUGGGGGCGCUCAUGUCCAAUGACACACUGUCAGAGCUGAACCUGCUCAAUUUCUCACUAGACGAUGAGAACAUUAGUCUCAUAACCACACUGCUUGCCAAGAGCCGGACCCUCAGGAGCUUCAACCUAGUCGACUGCAACUUCACCGAUUCCCCAUUGCAGCCCUGCAUGCUACAGACGGAGAACUUUGGCAAAGUGUCCAGCAGGAUCCACCCUUGGCUCGUGGCCCUAACCGAGAACAAGACGCUAGUUGAGUUGACUUUGAACCUGUCCUACUUUGACUCGGAUGAUUGCCGGUCGUUCAUCAAGGUGCUCGCGUCCAGCACGAAUCUGAAGCAGGUCACCGUCACCCAACUCCGAAGCGAGGAUGUGGCCGCGAUAUGCCGGGCCAUGCGUGAAUCCAGCAUGCGACAGCGCUUCUACCUUGGCACGUAUCAGACCAUCAAGGACCCUGUCGUGCUCACAGAGUGCAAGGAGAUGACCUGUAUCAGCUUUGACUCUACUGUGGUCAACGAGCUUGAACCACUGCACACCACGUUGACCUUGCUGCCCUCCUGCAGUCACGUGACGUCUGUUCGCCUCAGGGUGAACGAACGUUUUAUAUGCAGGGAAGUGAGCUCCCUGCUUGCAAAGUACAUCACAAACACGGCAGUGCUGAGGGACCUGACAUUGUCCUUUUUUUACGACGACACUGGGUUCAUGGCUUUUGGGACUGAGCUUGCCUUGGUGAAAGCACUGUGUGCGAACAAGAGCAUAUGCAGGCUGACCAUAAGGGGCCUCUGCUUCGUUGAGACAGAGAUUCAAAUGCUGGCGGAGAUGUUGAAGUCCAGUCGGAGGAUUUACGACCUUGCCUUCUACCCGGAAACCUAUGAGUCAGCAGUAUUGCUUCUCUCGAAGCUGUCACACGGCAUCUGCAGCAACUACACCCUCCUCUACUUGCUGAUGAGCCAGCGCCGAGAACUCGGCCAGGACUGGUUCACCAUUGUGGACGUAAAGCGGCGCAAUCUCGCGCUGGUGAUGCGCGCUGCGAAUUUCGUCAUGGGGAUGAGGCGUAAGUACUGCGCCGAAGCCGCUGAGCUGGUUCACUUCAACCCUGGAUUGGUGGAGAAAGUUCGGCAACUUGCCCUUGUCGAUGAGAACGAGGCCUUAUCACGGAUCAGGAAAAGUCUCAAGAGCUUUUCUGAGUUGGAUGACUUCAUGCGAAUGGCAGGCGUUGUCAAGUACAGUGUGACUUGCCAGAGGCGCAACGAUGGUCGGAAGCAGUUGGUUGACAUUGGUCGCGACUGCUGGUUGUGUAUACGGCAGUACCUAAAAGUGGGUGAUGUCCUGGAUCCACAGUAGGUGUGGCUUUGGUUCCUGUGUCGCAACUGUAAUCUUCUUGGAGGUUAUGCGGGCUCAAGGUGUGCCGUUCUUACCGCAUGCCACUAGCACCAUGCAUUUUUCUCUCCAUGCGUGGUAUUUUCCCGUGAGAACUGCUGGAGGAGAUGUUUGGAAACUUCUCUGCAUUUGCUGCUGAUGACAACGUAGGGUCCACACCUUUGAGAAGUCUCUUCAGCAUUGGACAUGUUCAAACCAGUUCCUAAAUAGUCAAUAUAUGACUGAAUGGCCCUAAUAUAGAUUAGUGAGCGUAUGGGAGUGUUUGUGAGUCAGUGAUGUCUUGAAUGCGGUACUGUUUAGUGUGUGUGCGGUAUUUACAUGCAGUGCUAGCAGCUAGCUGCGAUGGCUGUUUACUGCUGCACUGUUAAUGGGGUUUGGCCUUACACAUAUGCCCAGAUUAAUGUGUGCCAGUAUUAUCACUGCCGGUCAUAUUUUGUGCCUCAACUAUAUUUUUUUUGUAUUUGAUUGGGUUGUUAAAGUAUGUGGAGGGCACAUAAUUUUAUAGAGUUAUUUUGUAGCUGGUUUUGUUCAGAGUAAGGGUCUUUUUUCUUUAUGCUGGCAAAGUGAGUUCUUUGCAAACUCUUUCUUGUAUUGUUGGCAUUUGCAUCACAGUUCAGAAUGACAAUUGGCUUAACUCAUGCAGCAACUUAUGGUUUUCCCCUUCCUUUUCUGAAAGAAGCCGGCACUUUGAAAUGCUGUUGCAGUUUUGUGGAACAUCAAGGGUCGGUGCAGGACAUAAUGAAACUGUGUCUACCCUUCAUUGUGGGAACAGAAUAAAUAGGCAGUCGCUGUGGUAGUGCGGCAUGGAGACAGUCCAACUGUUUCUGGAAUACUCUCCAAGAUUUUCUGAAACAUGAGGCAUUUCCUUGGAGACUUCAGGCGGCGGCUUUCUGAACUUCUCAAGAAGUUGAGCACUCAACUACUACUCACAGCUUACUAAGGUUCACGUGUCAAGUGAAGAUGUGACCCUAAAUGAAAACUGACGCGAGUGAAAUCAUUUUCAUCUUGAACUUCCUUACAGCACGACACUAGACGCGGACGAAAGGAAGGAAAACAACACGACACUGCAUUGUUUCUUUUCUCUCCUUUUGCCGGUGUUUAGUGUUGCACUGUAAUGUGUUUCGAGAUCAGUCCUAACCUACUAGCCCUACUGGCUGUCUUGAGCAAACUGAAGCAAAGGAUAUUAAUUUAUUUUUGCCUAAAGAAAUGUGAACACUUCUAAGCUGCAGGAAAAGGCUUCUAACAGCUUGACCAAACCGCAACAGCGAUGGGCUGUUAGCACUCCGUCUCAUGUACAGCUUCAUGUAAGAAAAGAAAGAGCUCACUUCAUAGCAAGAAAGAGAAGAUUAGUCUAACCCACAUUAUGAGCAUACAGCACAAACUGCUUCCUCAACAAAAAAAAUUAAAACAUGCGAGGCUGACGUGUCAAAUGAGAGAACGAGAAACGAAACGUGCUUAGCACACGAUGUGGGUGUUCACUUUUCUGCAGCCUUUUUGUUUGUAAUAAAGAUGAAAGAAAUGGCC